AGGGAAGCAGGCGCCAGGGAUAAAGUGUGAGAGAAACAGAGAAGGUUUCUUCUGGCUUAAUACUAGUCAGAGAUCGCUUUACUUUACUUUUUAGAGGUUUAAAAUCUUUACCUGCAUUAUUGGUGAUUUAAGAAAAAUCUUGAAUCACUUCUUUGUAGUGACACUUUUCUGUAUCUUAAUUAGUGUGCACACCAACGGGGAGCACUGAAGGGCAGAGCUGGCUACGAUUUUUAAAAAAGUAUUUUGGUCUGUUUCACGGACUCUAUUGGUCCUAUUUUUGUCUCAAGUCGGUGUCUUAACGUGAUUUUUAUAUCACCGGAAGCCAUGAGUUCCUUGGUACUGAACACAGUAGGAGAUGCCAACGGCACAGGCUUUGACCUCAUCCAAAACCGGAUUGAGUCACUUAGCAGCAAGAUGGACAAGCUCAUCAACAUUCAAGAAAAGGUCCUCAACCGACUAGAUGGGAUGUCUCAGGACAUUGACGGCAUCGAGAAGGAUAUGGAGAAUCUGAAGGUUGAUAAGGAGGAAAUCCAUCUUCCACCCAAGAUGGUGAACCAGACCCAGGUCAUGGGGCGAGAAGCCAGAGAGAUAUGCCAGGAGAUGAGCGACAUCAUGUUGACGGUGAACCAGCGGUCCGAGCAGCAGGCUCACAAGCUGGACGGGAUGGAAAAGCUGGUCCUCAACAUGCAGCAGGUGAUCAGCUUUAUCGGGGAGACGGUGAAGAGUUCUAGGGUUAUGAAGCUGAUGUUCAAAGGCCCUGCGGCUCGGAAGGGCUCCAAACCCAAAGACAAUAAAGCCAAGCAAGCAAUUAAGAGGAAAUCAUCUACGGACACAAUAAACAGGAGGCUUGACCAGAAACCUACUUCUAAUAAAGCCAAUAAAGGGAAUCAAGACAUAAUUCCUGCAUGUGAGCCCAGUUCUCCACAGACUUCUCACAAGAUAAAGCUCCAUGGACCAAAGCAUUUCCUCGCCUCUCGCAAAUGUGGAAACUUUUUGAAGGACCACAAAGGUAAAGAUGGGACAGAUAAGCCCUCUUUGAGUCCUAAGGGUCUGAAGGCUCAAAAGAAGAUGAAGCCUCCGGACACAGCAGAAAAUAUCUCCUUGAAGAAGCAGGUCUUGCUUUUCGAAGAGGUGCAGAAACUCAACAGGGAGAAUGCAGAGAAAUCAGGUCACCAGCCCACACCUGGAUAUCUGGACCUGGAGGCCGGAGUGUCCCCCGAAGAUCAGCAACUCGACUCCCGUGCUUGCAACUUGUUGGACUACCUGCGUGAAGAUUCCCAAGCGGCUGCGGGUGAGAAAGACGAGGUUGUUGAGGCGGUUAGUGAGGAGGAGGUUGUGGAAAAGGUGCAUGAGGCAGAGGUUACAGAGACGGAACCAAAGCUCGAUGUGGAGGAUGUGGGGAAAGAGAAAGAGGAAGAAAAGCCCCCAGAGGAAAAGAAAGAAGAGGUUGCUUCUCCUGAUGAAGAAGUAGCCAAAGCCCCAGAGUUGUCUGCUGCCCAUGAGGAAAAAGAACAAACCGCUAUAAGCAGUGAUGACCACAAAGAUGCCUCUGCAUGUCCGAACGCUGAGACGGACCAGAUAUCAGAGGUCAGCAGCACAAGUACCAAGUUCUGUGUGAAGGAGGAACACUUAUCAGUGAAGAAACACACAAAGAAGCGGGUGGUGCUUGUGGAAGAGGAGGAGAAGAAGAAGAAGGAGGACAACGAGGAGGAGGAAGAGAAGCUUGAGUCUGAGGGCUGGGCCGUCUUCAGGGCGGAUGGAAUCGAAUUCCAGUUGAACCUAAAACAAAGAGUGGAGAGAGAGAGAAAGGAAAAUGAUGCCGAAAAGGAAGAUGAUGAAGAUGCAGAGCGGUACUUCAUUGAUACCGGUCUUCCUCCAUCGGCUCCUUUUAAUCACCGCAUUGUUUCUGCCAAGCCCAACCAGAUCAUCAACUUCUACUCCAUCAACUGGCAGGAGGUCCUGGGCGGCGGUCGUUUUGGCCAGGUGCACAAAUGUGUUGAAAACUCCUCUGGUCUCACUUUGGCGGCGAAGGUCAUCAAAGCCAGGACCCUGAAAGAAAAGGAGGUGGUGAAGAAUGAGAUCCAGGUCAUGAAUAAUCUGGACCAUGCCAGCCUGAUCCAGCUCUAUGCAGCUUAUGAGUCAAGGAAUGACAUCAUCCUUGUACUUGAAUAUGUUGGUGGAGGGGAGCUGUUUGACAGGAUCAUUGAUGAAAACUACACUUUAAUGGAGCUGGACGCCGUCGUGUUCAUCCGGCAGAUCUGUGAGGGUCUGCAGCACAUGCACAAAAUGUACAUCCUACACUUGGACUUAAAGCCCGAAAAUAUUCUUUGUGUGAGCAGAGUCACAAAUAAGAUCAAAAUCAUCGACUUCGGCCUGGCUAGGGUAUAUAAACCACGUGAGAAACUGCGAGUGAAUUUUGGCACUCCAGAGUUUCUCGCUCCUGAAGUCAUAAACUACGACUUUGUGUCGUUCAACACAGACAUGUGGAGCCUCGGCGUCAUCACCUACAUGCUUUUGAGCGGUCUCUGUCCCUUCCUCGGCGACGAUGACAAUGAGACUCUGAACAACAUCUUGGCCUGUAAGUGGAAUUUUGAGGAACAAGAGUUUGUAGAUACAACUGAAGAAGCCAAAGACUUCAUCUCCAGACUCCUCAUUGUGAAUAAAAGUUGGAGGAUAGGGGCAUCUGAGGCCUUGAGACAUCCUUGGCUAUCUAACCCAGUCCUUCAUCAUCGCCUUCAUACAAAGAAAACUAUGUGCAGGUCACGGCGAUCAUCAUGUGUUCCCCCGACUGAUAGUUGAGGGCUACAGUGAUGUGAUGGCUUCAGCUGUGGCCACUUGGACCAACCCUCCUGUCCAUGUAAAUUACCUUAAUUUUCAGUCCAUGCGUCUGUGAGAUGUGCUGAAAUUCUGGCUAACCCACAAACCUUUUCCUGACAUGUGAUCCACUGUUGAGUAGACAAAAACAAUAUACAGACAAAAACAGUUUUGUAUAAUUGGGAUUUAGAAGUGAAAAUGUAUUUUCCUUGAAUAAUGUACAUUUCAUGAAUGUAAUGCAAGAGAAACAAAGGGUGAACAAAACAACAUCUGAUAACAUUAAAUGCCAACUCAACUGUUUUUCGGUUGAUUGUGUAAGGUGUUUGUUAUUUUUCAUUCCCUCGUAUACGGCAUUUGAAAACGAUGCUAAUGUCAUAAUGUAAACCUACUUUCUUCAUGUAUUACCAUAUAAGAGCUUGAUCGUGUGUGGCAUCUUUGCCUCAAAGGUUGAAUGUGCACAUUGUACUGUACUGUACUCAUUUUGAAAUAUCCACUCAGUGAGCCACUCUCAUUUAUCUCUAACCAAAUACACAGUGCUUUUAUUGUUUUACUGCUUUUGUAUGAAGGCUACAUCAUGAUUUGUAUUAUGUGACUGGAAUAAUAUGUGUUGCAUUUACCCCCUUCUCAAUUACAAAUAUUAUACCAUUUUUUUUUUGCCGGGCUGUAAAUAAAUGCUGAACCGUACAUUCAAAUUCAGAUUUUCUAAUAUCUUAGGAGAUCAUCUGUUAAAUUGCUGGGUGUGUAUUGUACUUAUGGAUAGAAUGGAAUUUGUGCGGUCGGUGUCAUGAGCUGUAGUAUGUGCACUUUAUAAUGUUAUUUAUUUAAACAUAGAUUAUACAUGAAGCUACAUAGUUCCAUUGAAAAAGCUUGUGUGGUCAGAUCUGUUCAUAUUUCCUUCCUACUUUGGUUUCAUCCUGCUUUGUCCGGGUGUUUAUAAAGAAAAUACAUUUUUACUUUAUAUCAUACCAACACAGUUUAUGUCUUAUCAGCCAAGUGUGUUAUUUAAAUUCUUUGUUGCAUGUCUAUAUGUUUUUUUUAGCCAUUAAAGCUUGAACUAGACACACAGAGAAGUAACUUUUUUUAAACUUUCUUUUUCACUCUAGCUGCAUAUUCAUGUAGAUGCUUUUUCCAUUAAACAAAGGUAUCAUUAAAAUGCCUUCUGUGAAGGUUCACUAAAGUAAUACACUGCCUACCAAACGUUGCUUAAGUUGACAAAAUGUUGUCUAAUGUUGUUUAAUUUAACUUCAUUAUGAAUUUUACUUCAAUUGUUUCUGAACACAGAGUGUUAGUAAAAGAAGUUGUCCUCACAUAGUGUUAACAAUUUCAGCAUGUAUUUGUGAAGUGUGUACACAUCCAUUAAAAUGAAAUUGUGU